CAGCUUCACUAAACCCUAGUCUCUCGCGCCUGCCCUUCGAUCCACUCACUCUUCACCUCUCUUUUGCACACAGGGAGAGAUUGGCAACAACCAAGCAGCAUGUCGGCCACCUACGACUACGACGACACGACUGGCGGCGCAGGCCGCUCGAAUUACGAUGAGCAGAGCGGCUUUCAGCGGCAAGAGCUAGGUUACGACCCGAACUAUGUUCCAGAUUCAGUGAAAUCGUUCGUAGUACAUCUUUACCGUCACAUAAGAGAAAAGAACGUUUACGAGAUCCAUCAGAUGUACGAAACCUCUUUUCAGACCUUAUCGGAACGCCUUUUCAAAGAAACACCUUGGCCGUCUGUUGAUGCCGUUGCUCAUUACGUCGAUAAUGAUCACGUUUUCUGCCUCCUUUAUCGCGAGAUGUGGUUUCGCCAUCUCUAUGCUCGUUUAUCUCCUACUCUUAAGCAGAGGAUUGAUAGUUGGGAUAAUUAUUGCAGCCUUUUUCAGGUGGUGCUGCAUGGUGUAGUGAAUAUGCAAUUGCCUAACCAGUGGCUGUGGGAUAUGGUGGAUGAGUUUGUUUAUCAGUUUCAGAGUUUUUGUCAGUAUAGAGCUAAGAUGAAGAAUAAGUCUGAGCAAGAGAUUGCGCUUUUGAGGCAAAAUGAUCAGGCUUGGAAUGUGUAUGGGGUGCUCAAUUUCUUGCAAGCAUUGGUUGAGAAGUCAAGUAUCAUCGAGAUAUUGGAGCGGGAGAAGGAAGGACUUGAACAAUUUACUGCUACUGAUGGGUAUGAUUACAGUGGUGGAAGUAAUGUCUUGAAGGUGCUGGGUUAUUUCAGUAUGGUUGGUUUGUUGAGAGUCCAUUGUCUUUUAGGUGACUACCAUACUGGCCUGAAGUGCUUGCUCCCAAUUGACAUUAGUCAACAAGGUGUUUAUACCAGUGUUAUAGGAAGCCACAUAACUACCAUUUAUCACUAUGGUUUUGCUAAUCUUAUGUUGCGAAGGUAUGUGGACGCUAUUCAUGAGUUCAAUAAAAUCCUGCUGUACAUAUACAAGACCAAGCAAUAUCAUCAGCAAUCUCCCCAAUAUGAGCAGAUUCUAAAGAAGAAUGAACAGAUGUAUGCCUUGCUGGCAAUUUGUCUUUCACUUUGUCCUCAAAUAAAGCUUGUUGAGGAGACUGUGAAUUCUCAAUUGAGGGAGAAGUAUGGUGAAAAGAUGAUUCGCAUGCAAAGAUAUGAUGAUGAAGCAUUUGCCAUGUAUGAUGAGCUCUUCUCAUAUGCAUGCCCUAAGUUUAUUACACCUUCAGCCCCAAGUUUCGAAGAGCCCCUGGUAAACUACAACCAGGACGCAUACAGGCUGCAGUUGAAGCUUUUUCUUUAUGAAGUAAAACAGCAGCAGUUGUUAUCAGGUGUCCGGACCUUCCUGAAAGUGUAUUCAACUAUAACCCUUGCGAAGCUUGCCAAUUACAUGGAGGUGGAUGAAACCACUCUAAGGACUAUCUUGAUGACAUACAAGCACAAGACUCAUGCUGUUGACUCUGAGGGAAAGAUUAUCUCUAAUGCUGAUGUGGAUUUCUACAUCGAUGAUGACAUGAUUCACGUGGUUGAAUCAAAACCAGUGAAGCGGUAUGGUGAUUACUUCUUGCGGCAAAUUGUCAAGCUUGAAGGGGUGAUAAAUGAUAUGGACCGGAUAAAGCUGGAAUGAGGCUCUCUAAUUUUCUAGAAUUUGACCCCAUUCCUUAGGCAGAGAUUUUGUUUAUUUAUUGACGUUUUCAUGCAAUAUUCUUUUUGGCCUAGUGCAACAUGGUUAGCUUUGAAAUGUAAUUUUCUGCUGCUCUGCUUAUGAAGGACAUCAAUGUAUUUGGAAUACUGUACACUUGAAGGAGACAAUGAUAUAAUUUUAAUUACGCAUUUUGGCUGAAA